AUGGGCACGCCGGAGACCUCCCGGGAACCUUGCCCCGAUCGCAUCCUGGACGACGUCGGGGGGGCCUUCGCGAUGGGGGCGAUAGGCGGGUCGGCCUUCCACUUCAUCAAGGGCAUGUCCAACUCCCCCAACGGGGAGCGCCUCGCCGGCGGCGCUCAGGGCGUGAGGAUGAACGCCCCACGAGUCGGCGGAAGCUUCGCGGUGUGGGGAGGCCUCUUCUCCGCCUUCGACUGCACGAUGGUCUACGUCCGCCAGAAGGAAGAUCCCUGGAACUCCAUCGUGGCCGGCGCCGCCGCCGCAGGGUUCCUCCAGAUGCGGCAGGGCCUCGGCCCCGCCUCCAGGUCCGCCGUAUUUGGUGCCGCCCUCUUGGCAUUGAUCGAGGGCGCCGGGAUCAUGCUCAAUAGAUUCCUCAGCGUCCCCCAGAACCUACCCCCAAUGGAAGACCCCAUGGCCGGGAUGCCAUCGAGCUUGCCUGGGAUGCCCGGAGCCGGCGCCGGAUACACCCCCCAGACCAUGCCCGGUGGGUCAUCCUCUUCUUCCUCGUGGUUCGGCGGGCUCUUCGGAGGGAAGAAAAACGAGGAGGCCCCCGCCGGCGACAGCAGCAAGACGAGGGUUCUGGAGAGUUUUGACGCCCCGAGCACCCCAGUGCCGACCUUUGAUUACAAGUAG